AUGAAAUUGUGGGCCAUUUCCAGUUUGGUGGGAUUGGCUUUGACUUCUUCCGUCCACGCUGCUGACGUGCAAUACGCUGUGAUUGCUUUCCCUAAGAAUAAUGAAAAUGUCGCUGUCUCUGUAGGUGGCCAAAACCAUCCUCUUCAGCCGAGUCAACAACAUCCCAAUCUAUUUGUGGGUUCAGCCCCGUCGGCCGAUUCCUAUCAGUAUGUCUUGACCAACGGGAACAACAGCCAGCCCGAAGCCCAUCAACGUAAAUUGGCUCAAGGAGCCACGCAAACCGGCAAUGAAUUCUUCAAUCGUUCCCAGACCAUUUACAACGUGCCAGACAUGCCUCAGGCUUACAAUCCCAUCUAUCCUCCUCUCUUUUCCAACAUGAACCGUUCCAAUGAGAUUGCAACUAUUAUUGUUCAAGCGAAUAGCACGGCUUUCAAACCCAUUAUUGAAAAGCCCUUGGAAGAUCACAAGUAUGCCGAAGCUUACAAUGUGACAUAUAUUAGCAAUCAAGAAGUGUAUACUUUCACCGGUGCAGGCAUCAAGAACAGUGGUCAAUCUUCCAAGGAUUACGCCAAACAGUCAUUCAAAAUCAAGUUGAACAAGUUUAGCAACAAGAACGCUACCAAGGAAUUGUUGUUUGGUCGCACCGUACUCAAACUCCGUGCCGAAGAAACCGAUCCUACCAUGGCUAGAGAAAAACUGUUCAUGGACUGUUUGGCCGCUGCUGGUGGUGCUACGUUGUCUGGAAGCUGGGUUCGUUUGUUUGUCAACGACAAGCCUUAUGGAUUGUAUCUCAUGGCAGACGAUGCUACCACUCACUUUAUUGACGCUGCCUUGCACGGUGGCAACUUUUCUUACCCUUAUACAGGUCCCACCUACAAGGGUAACGCCAUGAGCGACAAGGAAGAAGGUAACAUGAUGUACUUGGGCCCUGACCAGAAGAACUACAAGGAAGAUGUUUACAAGCUGGAAGACGAUGGUGAAGUCAAACUCGCCAAGAACGAAACAUAUCUCCCUCUGAUCAGCUUCUUGCAACGAUUGGAUUCCAUUGACCCUACUCAGGCCACGGAUGCCAACAAUCAGGGCAAUCUUUCGUCGCUUCUCAAUCCUCAACACUUGAUGAUCCACAUGGCCAUGAAUUUCUUGGGCGGUUCCUGGGAUGGUUUCUGGUACCAGGCCAGCAACUACUAUCUGAAUGAAGACUUGCAAUCCAAGCAAUGGACUCUGAUUUCGUACGACUUUGACGAAACCAUGGGAGUCGGUGACGACAAGGGACUUUCGAAGGUCGCCUAUCAGAACUACACCAAGCCCAAUGCCAAGCGUCCUCUCAUUGAUAAGAUCCUCAAGUCGCCUUAUUACACCUCCCAAUUCGAAGACGUGCUCAAAACCAUUAUCAAGCGUUUCUUUAACCCUCGCGUGUUGAAUCCUCGUCUUCAAGCUUGGACUGAGAUGUUGCGUGAAGACAUUGCAUGGGACCGUUCUCUCGAAUCAUUGUCUCCUGGUGAGAAGCCCAAGUGGACCUUGGAUGAUUUCGUGACCAAUAUGAAUACCACCAUCAAGGAAGGCACCAUUGGUCUUGCCGAAUGGGUCAAGGUUCGAUCGCAAGCUACCUGUCAGCAAUUGAACUUUAACGAUACCGACGAUUUGCCGCCUGUGGGCCCUUACACCGGUGGACGCCACAUGAAUGGCAACGAUCAGGGCGAUGGCAACUCUGGCAACCAAGGCAAUGGCAAUGCCGAUAAUGUCAACGGCAAUGGUAACGGUGCCAAUAACAGCUCCAAGAACGCUCAAGGCUCAGCUGACAGUGCGGCUGUGUCGUUCUUGUCUUCCUUGAAGAUGACCACUGGUUUCCUUGCUAUUUCUUUUGUUUGUCUUUCUUUAUUGUAA